AUGCCUAAAGGACGACCGAAGGAUCUGCUCUUACUGAUUUGGGUUCACGGGUUCAAAGGCAACGAAGUGACAUUUGAAUCAUUUCCCGACCGUGUCUCUCACUUGCUUCAAGCUACUCAUCCUUCUCUUCGGGUGGAAUCGAGGGUAUUUCCUGUAUAUCAGACCAGAGGAGAGUUGCACGCAGCAACUUUGGCUUUCGUCGAUUGGCUCACUUCCUUGGUUGUAGGGCUGGAGAACGAUCAUGGGUUUGGUGGGGGAGCAGGACGGGCGAAAAUUGUUCUUUUGGGUCAUUCGAUGGGCGGACUUUUGAUUGCUGACGCUGCAUUGGACAUAGCGAGAAAUACCAGACCUGGUGAUCCCAUGUGGCCCAAGGUAGUCGCCAUAGUGGCUUUUGAUACUCCCUAUUUAGGAUUACAUCCUAGGACGCUAAGUUUGCAGAAAUACCAACUCUCCCAAGCUGCCGGAUAUCUCGAACAAGCCCGUUCAAUAGCUUCCGGACUUACCAUGUUAUCUCCCAUUGCUGUCGGACUGGGAUUCGGCAAAUUUGGUCUUGGAAAACCUUCUCAACCCUCUCAUCCCGAUAUCCCACAAUCAACACCGAAGUUCGAAUCUCGAGGUCAACCUUCACAGUCUUCAUCACGGCAAAAACAAAAUCAAGCUGUCGUAUCUGGUGAAAAUGACAAACCACCAGAAAUAUCAUCUAACAAAUCCCGUUGGUCUUUGCUUACACUUGCGACUCCAUCCACCAACGCAUUGUACGGACUGGGAGCGGUGGCAUUGGGUGCCGCAGCGGUGGGUACUAUGUAUUACCGUCGUGAAGACUUUGUGAACGGUUGGAAGUGGGGAUACGAACAUAUGACUUUUGUCAGAAACCUGUGGGACGAGGAGGGAUUGAGAGGGAGGUUGUUGGCUAUUUCUCAGGUUUUGGAGAAUGAGCAUAAUGUGAAGUUUUGGAAUUUCUACACUCAUCUACCACCUUCUUCCCUCUCUUUAACUCAAAGAACAUUCACCAUCCUCCCUCCUCAAUCCCACCCCACUUACCCCCUCUGGAUACCAGCUACGAACACGAUAGCAAAAGACGAAGUAUCGGCCCAUAUGGCAAUGUUCAGUCCCAAGACCAAUGACGGAUUUUACGAUCUAGGUUUGGCAGUAGCGCGCCGAAUAGCAGAGAGGAUAGAAGAAGAAGGAGUUGGAAGAGGGGCUGAGAUGGAUGAAGUGGUGGAUAUCCAAGAGAAGGGUUUAGGUUGGAGGGAAGAAGUGAAAGAUGGUAAAAUUGUCUGGGUAGAAGAAUGA